AACGGCAGUAGGCGGCAGGCGGCGCACGCGCCGACCGCGCGCAACAAUUCCCGGAUUCAAAUCCAUUGGCUCAUUUACUAUCUCUAUGCUAUAUAUAACUUACCAGAUAAUUUGCAUUUUCUAUCACAAAAAGUUAUUAUUUUCCUAAGUUUACAAGUGACGUGAAUACCGAUAAACGUUUAGUGUUGUAGCUGGUUAGUGAAUUGUAUAAAUGUGUUCACAAUACAAACACUCCAAAUAUUCAUGACGUUACAGUACAGGAAGUACAUGUAAUAAUUUACCGUUAACGUCGGCUCUACAAGAUGAAUCCUCCGUCAGCGUUAUACGGAGCUAUGAAUAAAGAACGUAAGCCGUUCACAUAUACGCCAGGAGGACUGGAUCUCUCAGAGAUUAAGUCGGAACGGAUGGCUAAGCGAUUAAUGAGAAAUGCUAUGAGCGAAGGAGUUCCUGAAACACCCGCUCAAACUUUAAAAUCUCCUCCGGUCACUCCUGGUACCAUACCGAAUUUCAAUUGCUUGCCGGUGCAGGUUUUUCCUACAUUUCAAUUACCAGCUAAUCCCAAGUCUUUACUGAAAACAAGGAGUAUUUCGGAUGCACCUAAAGAAUCUCCAUCGAGUAAUAAUCCUCCGACGUCUACACUGAGUACUAAUAAGUACAGUAAUGAUUCAUGGAGAGAAAUAAACAAGCCUUCGUCGGAAUUCUCUAAUAACAAUAUAAGUUCUAAUUAUAAACCAGCUGUAAUUGAUAAUUAUAAGAAAACAACUAGUAUUCCAACUACAAUACUACAAAAUUAUGGUAGCUAUAGUAGUACCGAUAUUUUACUGCCUGAAAAAAGUUAUGAUGCUAAAUAUUUUCAAUCUGAACCUCAAGGAACAAUAACGGAUAUUGGAAGAAAAUGGUCUGGUACCGAAGAAAAGACUCAGCAAUACGAGAACUCCCAAGUACAUAAUUCAAAUGUUUUACUAAAAAAUGCUACUGAUAACGAAAUUAAUCCAGUAUCAAGUAUCAGUAUCCAGUUAACAUCUACGCCAUUGCAAGAUGUAGCGACAAAUAAUUACGAACAGAAACAAGUGAAGAUUGUUAAAAAACAAACCAACACGGAAAAUGAAUCGGAUCCAAAUGGAGAUACUGAAGCAGCAGUUUUUAUUAAGCUACCUACUAAAACGUCAGCCGCAAAAACUGAGACUAAGGUUGAAGUUUUAAAGAAAAUUUUGCCUGAUGGUACCAUUGAAGAAAUUAAAAAAACAAUUACGAAAACUACAAAAGACGGUAAAACAGAAAUUUCUACAAAAACAGAGACUCGAACAAUACCUAAGGAGGUCGCUGAUGAUGUAGUCGAAAUUGAAGAAGAAGAGGACGAAAUUGAAGAUGAUGUGGAGGUAAACGAUAAUGAAGAUGACGUCGAAGUGUCAAAAGAAGAUUUUAAAAGUAAAGUCACUGAAUCCAAGGAAAAUGGGGAAGAAACUGUAGAGCAAAGUGAUGAUGAAGUGGUUAGUGAAAAAACAAAGACUGAAGUAAAAGAAAAUAGACAUAUCAUUACAGGUGAAGAAAAAUUAGAAUCGAGCACAACAAAAAAAGUUGUUGUAAUACAAUCGACUGGUGAAGAAUCUGAAGAAGAAAUUGAGGAAGAAGUAGAAGAAGAGGAACAAGAGGAAGAUGGAGAUGUUGAUGUUGAGGAAGUAGUAAUAAUUAAGAAACCAACAAAAACACAACCUGAAGAAAAUGAAAACGAAAAUGUGGAAGAUACUGAAGAAAUAGAAAAUGCUGUAGAAAUUACGAAAGAAAUAGAGUCUGAUGAGCAAGAGAAAGAAAUCGAACAAGAAGAGGAGAUUGAGGACGAAGAGGAAAAAGAAAAUGUUGAAAAAUCUGCUUCUAACAAAGAUGUGGAAAAUGUGUUAAAAGAAACUGAAGCAAGUGAUGAAAACGAGCAAGAAAGUGAGGAAAAAGUACAGAAAACUGAGAUAGAAAAUGUCGUAGAGGAAGAUAACAGCUUAAAAAAAGAAAAUAACGAAGAGGUUGAAGAAAGUUAUGAAGAAACUGAAGAUCUUGAAACGAAAGUUGAAGUCAAUGAAAAGACUCUUGUUACACCUAUAGAAGAAAAAUCUCAAAAUGAUAUUAAUUUUGAGUUAAAAGCUAAGGAAGAAAAUAAAAGCAAUGACAAGGUAGAUAUCUCACGCGAGCCUGUAGCCGAGACAAUAACCACAAAAGAAGAGACUAAAAAACAAGAAAUUGGUGAAGAAUUUCUCCACAAAACAAUUAAUUCUGAACCUAAGGUAUCAUUUAGGGAGCCUUCAAUACCUUUUGAAAAAGUAGAAGAUAUUGAAAUUAAGCCUAUUGGUCCAGCUCAAGAGAUUAUAAAAAAAUCGCAUACCGAAAUUAUAACAAAAACAACAGACCAACCGACUGGAGCUUUAAGUACACAGACUGAAUAUAACAGAAUAGAAAAUGUUGUAACGGUAAACCGUACAACAAAGACUUUAGAUCAUGCCUAUGAGCAACCACAACAAACAAUUCCUACAUUAAAAACUUAUUUUUCACCAAUUAAUGAUAGAGUAUUGACUACUCCACAACCAAUAUCUAAACCAUAUCAGCCUAUAUACACACCAGAUCCACAAACCGAAAGACGUCAUAGCUUACUUCUAGACAGGCUGAGUGUGGAUCGUCAAGUUCCUACUUCAGAUAUAUAUCAAAACAAUUAUCAGAGUAGUCAAAGCUAUGAACAAAAUCAAUGGUCGGAAGAGCCACAAUCCGAAAUUUUAACAGUAAGUAAUGUAAAACCUAGCACAAUAACUAAAAACCAACAGUGGUAUCAACAAACUAUGAAAGAAAACGUCAUAUCAAAUACCGUAUCACCGACUCCUGUUCUUCCCAGCCAAAUUUGGAAUCAACAAAAUCAAGCUCCAUCACACACCCAAAUACCAACGCAACCACAAUAUCAAACAUUUACUCAGCAACAAUACACACCUAAACCAGAGUUCCAAUCGUCUUACGCAGAAAAUAAUGCUCAGAACAUAUAUAAGAGUAAUACAAACAAUGCUCAAUCUAAUAUCUAUCCAAGUUAUACGCCAAAGCCAAGUUGGGUAAGCAGUACGUUUGAUACAAAACCGAUUUCUAAUACUGCAUCUAAUCAAUACUCAUCAUUGAAAAAAGAAUCCACAGAAAGCUAUCAAAAGUCAACACAGCAAUUUAACUCGUCCUAUGUUCCACCUCCUUGGGAACAGGAUUCUAGUUACAUAACUGAGAAUCAAAGUUACUAUCAACCACCACCUACGAUAUCUUAUACUCCUAGCAUAAACCAAACUAAUCAAAGCUGGAAACCAAAGCCGCCACCAGGCAAGUUUUCAAAAGCGACACCUACUGCGUACAUACCGCCAGCUCCAAAUCAGUCUUUCGUUAAGCCAGUGACGGUUGAUGAUACGUCUAAAAUUUCUGGCCGUAAAACGUACUACAGUGAAUAUGAACGGCGUUAUAUAUCUGUACCGGAAUCAACUUACGUACCAAACGAGACUAAGCUCUCAGUUCAGCCUGACCCAUCGCCUCAAUAUUAUUAUGAUAACAAUGAACCAACCGAAUUUGUAGAGCCUCAAUGGCGUAAGGAAUUAAGAGAGUUUACAGAGAAGGCUUCUCAAACGACUACUCAAACUGAAAAUACUUCUAUAAGACCACCGUGGGAAGAUGAUCCUAAGUAUUCUGCAACAAGUGAAUACUCAGCGACAGUGACACCAAGUUGGACGCAAACGUUAAGGCCACGAUCAUGGCGGGAAAGAAGCUAUGAGCCAGAAUAUAUUGGUUCUAAAGAAUGGCCAAAAACAAAUACUCUUGGUCGUGGACGGCCACAAAGUUCGUAUGUUAAAAGUAAUAUAAAUACGAUUCAAGAGAGACCAAGAGGAGUAUCGGUUGAUAGAUACAACCCAAAUAAUUACCAGUCUCCAUUACCGUCGGAACAUCCACCCGUUCAGAGCCACACGUUAAAUCCGACUAUUCAUCCAAAAACUUACCAUAACCCAACAGUGCCUGCAUACCACAGUCGUGCUUCUGCAGAACCAAGAGAGCAAACAACGGCAUAUCCAAAACAACGGAUGAGAGUAGAUACGAGAGCGCCUCCCGUCCAGUCAAGAUCGUUCAAAUACCUCCAAUGGAUAACCGGUACCGAAGAUUAAGUAACUUAUUCGUUAUUAUAAAAAUACUGUAAUUAUUAUUUUUAAUAUUUGCUAAGUGUAUCAUCUAUCGAAUCAUUAAAAUAUCGAAAGCGAAAUAUUGUUUCUAAAUUAAGAGCAUAAAUAAUGUUUUAUAUUAAGAUUUUUAUUAAUUAUUUAAUCGUUAACGACAUUAUAAACGUUGUUUAGUUAAACAAUGAUUUAUCUCUUUCUGUUAUCAAUGAUUUGACAUUUGAAAGAAGAAGACACAAUUGUUUAACUUAUUCAUAAUAAGCUACUGAAAUUAUGUUAAACAAAUUUGCAAAAAAUUAGUUCAAAUUUGUUGAACUAUUAAGGUUCAUAUAUUCAUAUAUUUUUAUCAAUUUUAACCAUAAUCAUCAUCUUAUUAAAAAAGGCAUUGUUUAUAUAAUAUUUAUAACACACAAUAUCGUCUUAGUUAAAAAUCUCUCUAGUCUUAGUUUUAGGAGAAUUUAUCAAAUUGAUAUAAUUAAUAAAAGCUGUUUCUUUCUGUUUUUAUACUCAUAGUUUAUUUAACUUUGAAAGAAUAGUUUUAUAAACUUGGCUUAACCAAAUAAGUUCCAAAUAGGUAGAAAUGGGUUGUAUUUAUUGAACCAUGUGUAAGCAACCAAACGGUUUAAUUUGCCAGCAAAUUUUUAUUUUUAACGCAUAAACUUUGAGCCGUUGAAUCCUAAAUUUACUAAAAUAUAUUCAUGUCUGAAUGGGUUUGUAUUUUUUUGCCAAUUGUGAAGCAGUCUUUAAGUCAUACUAAUUUUGUAACCCGUCUGGGUAGCUACCACACACUGAUAUUCUACCGUCAAAUAACAAUAUUUAGUAUUGUUGUUUUCCGGUUUGAAGGAGGUGGGCCAGUGAAACUACAGGCACAAGGGACAUGACAUCUUAGUUCACAAGGUUGGUGGCAUUGGCGAUGUAAGAAAUCGAAAAUUAAUAUUUCUUACAGUUUCGAUGUCUAUGGGCGGUGGUAAUCAUUUACCAUCAGGUGGUCCACUUGCCCUUCCGCCUAACUAUUUUAUAAAAAAUAACGUGUUUAUACGUACGGUGUUACUCUACAUUUUUUUGUAAUUAAAAAAAUGUUUUAUGUUCUCCCUGGUACAUUACUGAUUGCUUAUUUACUUUAAUUAUAUUUAAUUUAAUUAACAUACCAAAUAAAUUGUGCCAUAUUUAUUUUUUAAACAGUUGCAUGAAUCACGUUGUAAUAAGUUAUCGUUUUAUUUAAUUGUGUAUUAUUGUUGAGUUUUAUUAAUAAAAUAUUAAAUGAU